AAGUGUUCACUCUCUGAAAGAUAACGUGACAGGGGACCCACGUUCCCAGUCACUGAGGUCAGUGGGAGUGUUCACUGGUUAGAAGCUGCUGGUCCAGUCAGAGCACUGCUCCACUCUGAUGCACCAUGAAGCUGGAUGUGAUCCUCCUGCUGUGCGCUCUGUUCGCCCUCAGCCAACAGGCACCUUCAAGCGAGUGUGAGUGUGAGUUGACAACUUCCGAGAAGUUAUUCCCUCAUGACAAACUCGAGGCGCUGGAGGACAGUGCAUCGAAAUGCAACAGCGACAUCACCCCACAGCAGGCCUCAGAGCUGGACAUUCUGCUGCUGGGUCUGGAGCGACGGCUGCCCCAGCUGCAGGAGGACGUGUCCAUACUGGAGAGGGAGGACGACGGACAGCUCUACGGGGUCAUCAGCCUGCAGGUGGUGGAGAACGAGCUGGUGCAGAUCAACCAGCUCGUAGCCAGGCUCAAGAGCGCCACCUUGGGUCACCAGCGUCUGACUGCCAACGCCACUCAACAGUUGGAGAAGCUGAAAGCAGAGCUGAAAGAGCUGGAGACGUACGACACCAUGCAGGUGGUGAACACGCAACAAACCAACCAGCGUCUGAAGAGAGACCUGGACCAGUGCACGAAUGGACUAGACCCCAUCCCCAAACCUAGUCAGCCUCCACGUGGUAACUGCCCCCACGGUCAAUUUCUGAACAUUACCGGACCAAGGGUGUUCACAGCAGGAGAACCCGGCUCCCACAAGUAUGGCGCCUGGGGUCGGGAUCCCAAACCAGAGCCGGGGAAGGAGAGCUGGUAUUGGCUGGUAAUGCUGACCUCCAGCAACAGAUUCGCCCACUAUGUCCGUCUCUACUCCAGCCUGAGCUCUCUCAUUGUUGGAGUGAGCAAACCAGGUAAUGUCAUGAUCCACUCCGCUAACCCAACCACCAACACCAUCCAGGGUCCAAAUGUUGUGCUGUACGGAGAGGCCUUGUACUACAACUGUUACAACCAGGACACUGUUUGUCGAUUCAACCUCACCUCCAAAACAGUUACCAAUAUCAAACUACCCAUAGGCACCAGGUUCAACUCAAAGGGUAACUUCUGCCACCUUGAUGAAUGCUACCCGUUCACCGACUUGGACCUGGCGACAGAUGAGUCCGGCGUCUGGGUGAUCUACACCACCACACAAGACUUUGGAAACCUGGUGCUGUCCAAGGUGGAGGAGGACGGACCGCUGAGACUCGGCCAAACCUGGCACACCUCGGUCUACAAGCAGGGGGUGACCAACACCUUCAUGGCCUGCGGCGUGCUCUACGCGACACGGUACGUCAACAAAGAAGUGGAGGAGAUCUUCUAUUCAUUUGACACCGCAACGGGGGAGGAGAGGUUCAAUGUUGGCAUCUUCAUCAACAAGAUGUCUCCCAACAUUCAGUCCCUGAACUACAGCCCUGUGGACCAGAUGCUACACGCCUACUGUGACUCCUUCUUGGUCUCCUAUAAGGUUUUGUUUGAGUAUAAUAGAUAAUACUGACAACGUUUUCCAUUCAAAUGUAUCUAAAUGAUGGCUGAUAGUGCAAGGACAAAUAAAGGCGACUCCUUAAUUCACCUUAUUUUUUGCCAUAACUAGGGUUUUUAAAUCUUGCUUCUGUUUUAUAGCCAAAGGGUGGCUACUUUUACUUAGUGGGGCCAAAAGAACGGUUUCUAUGCUUUAAAAAAAGCUGUUAUUAAGUUUAAAUAAUUCUCCAGACAUGAAUGUAACCAUUUAGAUUCCCAAUAUAUGAUCAGUUAAUCAAAAGAUAACAUAACAAUUACACAUUUUAACCCUCUGUGUGGACUGUGGUGGCAAAACUCGUAGUGCCGAGUGAGUCCUAUACUACUGAAAUAAGGAACUUUGAGAUAUGAAAAUUAGUCUUCUGGGUAUUUUAUUCUCUGCAUAGAGAAAGUUCAAUAAAGAGUGCAGUGCAACAUUUGCCAUCAGGA